UCAUUCCCACCCAAGUCAUUAUCCUAUGAUGGUAUGACAAGUUGGCAGGCAUUUUCUAACAAGUUUACGCGUUACGCUUUGCUACAGGAAUGGGGCGAUUCCGAAAGCAAGGAUCAAUUAUGCUUUUGUCUUAAAGGAAAGGCCAGUGACUAUUACUGUGUAAUGGCAGAAAGACCGCGCUCAACCUCGUGUUUUCAGUGUGGUAAAUUGGGUCAUUUCAAGCGAGAGUGCCCAAUGUAA